GAAGGCAGCCCGCGGAAACAUCAUCAAUCUCCCAACUCAUCAAUUCCAUAUUGUCGUGAAGAUUGUAGCGGUGUAUGGUCACGUUUGAAUCAUUUGUGUUGUGUGUUCGCUCGUAUCAUAUCGGUGAAUCCGCUCGAAAUUGAGGAUAAGUCUGGACGAAUUUUGUUGGGUGUAUCGCCGACGAAACACUGUAAAAUUGGUGAUUAUUGUUACGUUCUGAUCGACACAUGCUCGCUGCCACCGCGUUGUACACGCUUGACCGUCGUCCCCGAAUCCCUCAAAACUGUAGCUGAGUACCAGUUGCAGUUGGCCAGGAAUCGGGCGAAUGAACGUUCGAAUCAACGAGUCUGUGCAGACGACCAGUUCGAUAAUGCCUUUUCCGCAGACCAAAAGCAAGAAAUGGAUAUUGACGAGAGGGAUGAUGCAGCACGCUUCACAACACCAACGACAGCCGUCAAGAUGGAGACUAACUGA